AGAAAAUCUCCCUAUCUCGAUUAACUGUUGCUGGAUUCAUAGUCACCGAUCCUGCAAAAUGGCUCAUGGCUACGUGGGGAGUCUCGUUCCAUCUCUGGUGAUCUUUAUCCCUGCUUUCAUCGUUUGAAGGCUGCCGCCCUCCUGGAUUCCGUGAAGAAGACCAUGGAUUCCAACACCACCUUCACCCGACCGUACGACGAAUCGUUGCUUCGAGAAUUACCCCAGCUCCAGAGUCUCCGCAUAGCUCCUCUCCGUCAGCCUGUCUCGCGGUUGCUGAGUGUGCCUUCGCCGCUGGAGCCGAAUGCCAGCCGGGUCCGCGAGGCCACCGCUGCUCCCACGCCCACUAGCUCGGCGGGCAUUCUGCCUGGCCCCCGGAACAAUGAUUCCGUGGUCGCGGUUCCCGCGGAGCGUCUGAACCACCAUGCAUCGCGCCCUCCGAAGAAGAAGACUGAUCCCUCCGUGGACUCGCUCCUUAGCCUCGAGCCCGCGCCGCCCAAGCCCAUUCUUCCCGCCUUUGUUAAUCCCCGUGCUCUGGAACGGUUCCCUUAUUCAUCGUUCGACGACGAUGCCCAUCAUUCCCGCAAGCGGCGCCGGGUCGGCGUGCAGGCCGAGACCUUUGCCGAGCAUCUGCAGCUGCCCAUCCCGCAAGCUCAGAAGGAACAGCGCCCGCCCCCGUUCGGGCCCUUUGCGAUCCUGAAUGGGCUCAACGAACCUCCCCCCAAUGCCGCUCUUCUGCCGCCCAUCGAAGCCGGCUCGAGCAUCGCGCAGCUGCUGACUAAACCCUCCCGGGACAGCUCGGUCGUUGAGCCGGCUUCGCUGACCACUUCCUUCGGGGAGGGUCCGACAGGCGAAAGACGAGAGGGCAGGAUCGAGGAUAUUCUGGCCUCCCCCAUUGCUACGAAGACGGCCCCGAGCGACCGCGGUGGCGCUGUGGCCGUCGGACUACGAGACGACCCGGUCGCCGCGAAUCGGCCGCCAUGUGACAAGACCGACGACGGGGAGUCGGACGACAAGAAGUCAUCCUCGGCCGACGAAAACGAGGAGCCCAUAUCCCCCAAGACACGCGGCCGCUCUCGUAAGAACCUUCGCAAGUGGACAGAGGAGGAAACCACGGCUCUGCUACGGGGGGUGGUCAAGUGCGGCAUUGGGAACUGGACGGCGAUCCUGGCUCAGCCGGAGUUGAAGUUCAACAAGCGCAGCGCUUCCAACUUGAAAGAUAGGUAUGGUAAACAGCCAUAGCUUCGAAGUGGAUUGUACUAUGGAAACGAGAUUCAGGGUGCCGACUAAACACACAUCUAGGUUCCGCGUGUGUUGUCCCUGGGCCUACCGGGCCGCCGAUCCGAACGAAGCCACGCGGCAAUUGCACGACACUCUGGCCAAC